ACCACAUAUAUCUGGCAAUACCACUCCAUAAAUUCUCAACAAUCGAGACUUUCUCCAUUAAUCAAGUAUCAUGUAGAUAGAACGGUAUCAGCCAAUCAGGCGAGGAUAACCCCGAUUUGACCCGCAUCUGAGCUUGUCCCGCCGAGAAUUUCUUUUCAAUCUCCACGCUCCAACAUCCCGAAGUCAAUCUUCUCGUGCCAUCUUUCGCAUUGAUUUUUAAAAAUGGAAAGAGAGAGAGAGGAAGUCGUGGAGUCGCCACGGAAACGACUCAAAAUCGAUGACACACCUGCUCAAGGCAAUGACCUGGUCACCGCACUGCCCUCCGACCGCCCGAAUCACAGCAGGGAAGCGGAAGUUGGAAUUACAGAAUUUGUUAGCACAGAUAUCCCGGGCUUUGAGGGCAUUCUGAAGAAAAGGUAUACCGAUUUCUUAGUCAACGAAAUUCUCCCGUCUGGCGAAGUUCUCCACCUGCGGAGUACCAGUGUGCCUGCCAACAUCUCAUCGAGACCAGAGAAAAAUGCAGAGAAGGAUAAACUCAAAACCUCCACUGAUGUUGAGAAGAAAAAUGGGGACGGUGCUGCCCAAGAGAACGAUGCGCCGCCAAAGCCGUUCGAGAUCGGAGACGAUGACCUAGCCUUGCUCAAGUCGUUGUUCGGGGACGAAGCGGCCCUGAAAAUUAUUGAUUUCCACGCGAGCAUCCACGCAUCUCCCAAUACUCCGCCUAGGAAGUUUGGCCAAAUCGAAGCUGGCGUUGUUGAGAACAAGGAUGUGCGCACCAAAAUGCACAUUAAUCUACGCCGCAUCUUCAAUUCGCUCUUGGAGUCGAAGACGGAUGCAGAUAACAACAUGAUAAUUUCCGCGGCACCGAACAGACACAACAAAUCGCCGAAAAUUUUUCGAGGCGAAAGCGGACACCGGGUUGAUCGAUCCAAGUGGGACGAGCUCGGAGGCACAUAUAUGCAUUUCACUAUCUACAAAGAGAACAAGGAUACAAUGGAAGUGGUGUCCUUUCUGGCACGGCAACUCAAGAUGAAUGCAAAAUCUUUUCAAUUUGCGGGAACAAAGGAUCGUCGGGGCGUUACGGUACAAAGAGCAUGUGUUUUCAAAGUCUUUGCAGAGCGUUUGAUGGGUCUCAACAAGAGUCUGCGCAAUGCUACUUUGGGUGAUUUUGAAUACCGCAAGUAUGGAAUGGAGCUUGGACAGCUGGAGGGAAACGAAUUUAUUAUCACCCUUCGUGACUGCCAGUUUCCGCGCACUGGCGAGGUUCCAUUGGCAGUGGAGCAGGCCAAAGAGUUAGUCGGUAGCGCAAUGCGGAAUUUGCGCGACCGUGGUUAUUUAAAUUACUAUGGACUACAACGAUUUGGCACCUAUGCGAGAGGAACGCAUGAGAUUGGCAUCAAAAUGUUACAAGGAGAUUUCCGCGGCGCUGUGGAUAUGGUUCUGGACUAUAAUCCUCAAUUACUCGACGUAGCUCAGGGCCAAGACACCGAGGGCAUAGGCCCACUGAUCAGCUCCGAUGAUAAGGCGCGAGCCGAAGCGAUUCACAUCUUCAAGACAACGAGGAGUGUGGGCGAUGCACUUAGAAAAUUGCCAAGGAAGUUUUCGGCUGAAACCAGUAUCAUUCGUCACCUUGGGCGCGAGCCAAAUAACUAUCUGGGAGCGCUGCAAGACAUUCCUAGAAACUUACGACUUAUGUAUGUACAUGCAUACCAAUCCUUAGUUUGGAACUUUGCAGCCGGCGAACGUUGGCGUCUCUACGGCGGCAAGGUUGUAGAAGGGGACUUGGUGAUUGUCGACACACAGCAGAAAGCGGCUACCAACGAAGCCGUGGACGCCGAUGGCGAAAUUGUCGUUGCUCCGCACGCCGACGAUACCGCCAACGCAGUAGACACUAUGUUUACUCGCGCGCGCCCGCUCUCGGCUGAAGAAGCCGCGAGUGGCGAGUUCACCAUCUUUGACAUUGUGCUCCCUCUUCCAGGCUACGACGUCUUGUACCCUGCCAACCAGAUGACGGAUUUCUAUAAACGCUUUAUGGCUAGUGAGCAAGGCGGUGGCUUAGAUCCCUUCGACAUGCGUCGGAAAUGGAGAGAUAUAAGUCUGAGUGGCAGCUACCGGAAGCUCCUCAGCAGACCGGGAGCCGAAUUCUCCUACGAUAUCCAGACAUACUCCGUGGAUGACCAGCAAUUUGUGCAGACUGAUAUGGAGGCUCUCAAAGGUGGGCAGCCUGAACCUCUCAGCAAUGAAGGUCAGCCUGAACAGACAGCAGACAAAAUUGCUGUUGUAUUGAAGUUCCAGCUAGGAUCAAGCCAGUACGCGACGAUGGCUCUGAGGGAGUUGAUGAAAAUGGGAGGCGUUCGGGAGUAUAAGCCUGAUUACGGAGGGAGGAAACUGUAAGAGAAGGCUUUCUGUAUAUUGCUGCUAUAGAUAUUGUGGGAUAUAACUGUGCCACCAGACCCAAAAUCAACUGAGUGGAAAUGUAGAGACAUGCUUAGGGCUAACUUAUUGGAAUACAUGACGGCUAAAACGGGAAAACGCAGGUCACGUGAUCACCAGCCUCCGGGUUUUUGGGCAAACACAACAAACAGCAUAAACAAUGGUAACCAUGCAGCGCGGGCAGCUCCAGCCAC